AAGAUGAUAUGCAGGUAGACGAUUAUGAAAAUGAAGAUGCAAUGAAAGCAGAGGGAAAGUUUGCUGAUGACGAAGAAAGCUCAUCAGAGAUUGAAGAAUGUGAUGAAGAGAUGAAGAAGGGGAACCAUGAUAUUGAUGAUACAGAGGACAAUUUCCAGAACUUUGCAGAGAAAUCACCCCCAUUGUACAGUGGAGCUAGAAUUACGGAACUAUUUUUGCAACACUUACCAUGGGAAAGCAAGUCAGCCAACCUGCCAGAAAUGCCAGAAAAUCAACAGUCAUCCUUCAUAUACAUUCCAGUCAUAGGUCAAUUACAGUCACUAUUUUCAGGUUUAAAGAAGUCAGACUUACUUCAUGGAGGAAGGGUUAAGGAUAAUCCAUCAGCAAUUGAAGAUAUCUUUGAUGGGAAAACGUACAAAGACAUCUUUGAGGAUGACUUCUUCAAGGGAACACAUAAAGGAAGAAAAGAGAAAGAAAUUCACAUUUCUCUACAACUCAACACAGAUGGAGUAGCUCUUUUCAGAUCUUCAAAUUACAGUGUCUGGCCCCUGUAUUUAACAGUAAAUGAACUGAACCCAAAGUUAAGGUACUCCGCUGAAUGCAGACUGUUUGCUGGACUCUGGUAUGGCAUCAACAAACCUACAAUGUCAAUCUUUCUGCAGCCUCUUGUUGAAGAACUGAAGUCCUUGUAUGAAACAGGUACUGAUGUUGUCCUGGAGGGCAGUUCACUUCUUUUGCGAGCAGUUCUUCAUAGUGUUGUGUGUGAUGCUCCUGCAAGAUGCCUAGUUCAAAACUUUGUACAGUUUAAUGGAUAUUUUGGAUGUGGAACCUGUUUGUCCAAAGGAAAAUCUGUGAAAACUGGAGAACGUGGAUCUAUGAUGUCCUAUCCAUUUGACAUAUCAGAAGCUGGUAAUCUCACUGGUGUCUCUACGCCUCGCACGCAUACCCAGUGUCUGACUGACGCAAGGAGAGCAGAAGAAGACGGAUCAAGUCGAAAUGGUGUCAAAGGCUUCUCCCCUUUGUACAAGUUGCCCUUUUUUUUGAUAUGAUAAGAUGUGUUACUGUGGAUUAUAUGCAUUGUGUUCUUCUUGGCGUGCAGAAGAAAUUCUUACAUCUGUGGACUGACAAUGCAAACAAACAUGAAAAAUUUUACAUUGGAAACUUCACGUCAAUACUUAAUGACAGGUUACGAGGACUCUCUCCACCAAAUCUUAUUACAAGAAUGCCGCGGUGCAUUGAAGAUUUGAAGAAUUGGAAGGCCUCAGAGUUCAGGUCCUUUCUUUUAUUUUAUUCUGUUUGUUGCUUGUAUCAGAUUUUACCCGAUGAAUAUUUCUCACAUUAUCUCCUUUUGGUUGAAAGUAUAUUUAUUCUUUUACAGAGGUCAAUUUCGCAAAAUGAGCUUUCAAGAGCUAAGGUGCUUAUUGCCAAGUUUUGUGCAUCAGUUGAUUUCUUAUAUUCAGAAAGGAACAUGACAUCCAAUAUGCAUGCACUCCUCCACCUAACUCAGAAAGUUGAAGAUCUUGGACCCUUAUGGUGUCACUCUUGCUUUUUCUAUGAAGAUUUAAAUGGGGACUUGCGAUCGCUGUUUCAUGGUACACAGAAAGUAGAACUUCAAAUUUCAAUGGCUGUAGUAAUACAUCAGAAGCUACCACGUUUAUGUGCCCUUAUUCCAAAAUUCUCUGAAGCUGAAUAUAUCUAUCUCUCCUUUAAGGGAAAACAUCACAGAAAGAACCUCACUUUGAUUAAGGAUAACAUGUUUGCUGUCGACCCAAUUAAGCCUUGUAACUUGUCUGUCGAAAUACAAAAUUUGGUUGAGGAAUUUAUGAAUGCACCAGUAACAAGGUCAGCACAGUUUUACCGCUACUGGUGCAAUGGUUUUAUGUUUCAUUCAAAAAUGUACAAAAAUGUAACAAGGAGAAACAGCUACUCAGUUGAGUAUAUUGGAACUGAUCAGAAACGUUACCUUGGUCAGAUUCAAUAUUACCUUGUUUUAUUUACUGAGAAGAGUGCUAUGUAUUGUGCUUUAAUCAAAAGGUUUAUCAAGAAACGUAAGUGUCAUUUGCAUGUACCAGCUCAUUUUGUUGAAGUUGAAACUGGAACCUUGUUUGAUCUCAUACCUGUUGAGAAUAUUAAGAAUAUGUGUGUGUAUAUGGAUCAGGGUAGUGUGAAAUUUGUAGCACUAAUGCCAAAUGUAAGAGAAAAAGAUUAGAUUUUGUUUUCAUCCUGUGAUAGAAGUUAUGAUGCAUUUUUGUACAUACAUGUACAUGUAUUUAUGAAACAAAAUGAGUUUGUUCAUUGUAAUAUUGUAAGACAUGUGUAUGCAUUCUGUUAAACUCUGUAUUGCCUUCUGUUCUAUGUACUUUUGUGUCAAUAUGUAAUUGAAUCCUUUAAAUUACUUUAUGUAAACAUUAUUGCUCACACGCCUUCAAGAUUUCACAGAUUUAUUUUGGAAGUAAAUGAAUUUAGAUGGUUUUUUUCUAUUUCCUCCCUCAUUAUUUUCAGAAUAAUAAAAUGCAGUGACAAUAAC